CGCCCGGCAUCACACGCGAACUAGGUCACGGGAUGCGCGCGGAUGAAUUAAACUGCUUGUCAAUCUGUGAAGAGGUCGGCGGAGGGAUCUGCAGAAGCAAAGGUGCUGACGGGGGACUCGAGGAUCGAUAACAAACAUUAAUGACAGCGGUCGCUACCUGCACACCGCAGGCUUUUUGUGAAUUAAAUCAGCCAGGAACGGCAGCAGCCUCUCUCCAACUCGAGCCAUGGAGAGGAAAAGUGUUCCAGUUAAACGCCUCCUUGCCAAGCCACAAAUGGUUCGAGGGUUGGGUACCAGCCUUCACGCAGAUGUGAACCACCAGACUCGAAAUGACCGCCAGCUGUUCACUAAAGUUCAGAGGAGUAGACACAAUCAUUCGCAGGACAAACACCACCAGAUAAGGGCCAAACCUGACCUCAACACAUCACUACCAGUUCGACAGACUGCCUCCAUCUUCAAGCAGCCAGUGACCAAAGUCACCAACCACCCGAGCAACAAGGUGAAGAGUGAUCCCCAGAAGGCUGUGGAUCAACCCAAACAACUCUUCUGGGAGCGGAAGUUAAGUGGACUGAAUGCGUUUGAUAUUUCCGAGGAGCUGGUGAAAACAAUGGAGCUUCCGAAAGGUUUACAAGGUGUCGGGCCGGCAUGCUCCAAUAAAACUUUACUUUCGGCCAUUGCCAGCGCGCUGCACACCAGCCCGGCGCCUGUCACCGGUCAGCUGACCAGCGCCGUGGAGAAGAACCCCGGCGUCUGGCUGAACACAUCACAGCCGCUCUGCAAAGCCUUCGUGGUGACGGAUGAUGAUAUAAGGAAGCAGGAGGAUCUGGUGAAGAACAUGAGGCGGCGGCUAGAAGAAGCACUCAUGGCUGACAUGUUGGCUCAAAUAGAAGACACAGCAGCAGCCAACAAAGUGGAGGAAAAGGAGGAGCAGAAGGACAACAUGGAGGAGUCAUAGUCAACGUUGAGCAACUGACAGUGGCUUUAUAUAAUGUUUGACUGUCCGGCAGCACAUUAAUUGUCUUUCUUUUUGUCGGGAAACUUCUUCCAUGCAGAAGUUUGACUAGAAAAGUGAAAGAAGACAUCUUGGUUGGAUUUUUUUUUUUUCUCCAUUGCUGUUUGCCUCUUUUACGGUGCUUUCAUUUAAUGGUUUUACUUUCUUUUACCUCCACUAAUGUGUGGUGCUGUUAACCUUGUUCACAGGUGUUACACACAAAACUGGUGUUUGUGAGUAAGAACAUUUGGAAUGUAAGCGAGUUCAUUUGUGUUAACACGAUGCAGUGUGUUUACAGAAGCAGUUUUAACAGUUUUAUGUAUUUGUACGCUAACCUCAGUUAUCUGUUGUGUACUUUGUUUUACUACUUUUCUGCAAUGACUGUCACGGUGUGAAGCUCUUCAUGAUACUAAAAAAAAAAUGAAAAGAAAAAAAUCAAGUGGGGAGAACGACCGAUCACAACCCGAUGGACUGUACCUCAAUAGAGAUUCAUUGUUCUUUGUUUUGUUUUUUUAAAUAAAUGCAGCUCUUUUCUA